UACUGCAAUGCUUAGCUCAUUUUCCUUUUGAGCGUUUCAGUUUUUGUUGUCUUGUGUUUGGUUUGAUUUGUUCAUGGAGGAGGAGAGAGUGGGUUUGAGAUGGAGGAGGAAGAAGGAUGUGGUUCUUGUUCUCUGGUUUGGGUUGGCUUUGUUUCUGCUGUUUCCUGUUGCUUCGUCACUGAACGAUGAAGGAAAAGCCUUGAUGGCAAUCAAGGCCUCGUUCAGCAACGUAGCCAACGUGUUACUGGACUGGAACGAUGCUCAUGACGACGAUUUCUGUUCUUGGCGUGGAGUUUUCUGUGACAAUGUCAGCCUUUCUGUGGCCUCUUUGAAUUUGUCCAGCUUAAAUCUUGGUGGGGAGAUUUCUCCAGCUGUUGGAGAUUUGGGGAAUUUAGAAUCUAUAGACUUGCAGGGAAAUAAGCUGACUGGUCAAAUCCCAGAUGAGAUUGGCAACUGUGCUUCACUUAUAUAUCUGGAUUUGUCUGACAAUAAUUUGUCUGGAGACAUACCCUUCUCGUUUUCAAAGCUGAAGAAACUUGAGGUUUUGAAUUUGAAGAACAAUCAGUUGACUGGUCCUAUCCCUACAACUCUUACCCAAAUUCCGAACCUCAAAUCUCUUGAUCUUGCUCGCAACCAGCUCACUGGUGAAAUACCAAGGUUAAUAUAUUGGAAUGAAGUGUUGCAAUACCUUGGAUUGCGCGGCAACUCUUUGACUGGAGCAUUGUCCCCUGAUAUGUGUCAAUUAACUGGUCUUUGGUACUUUGAUGUUAGAGGCAAUAACUUGACUGGCCCGAUCCCCGAUAACAUUGGCAACUGUACAAGCUUUGAGAUCCUGGACAUCUCAUACAAUCAAAUCACUGGUGAAAUUCCAUAUAACAUUGGAUUUUUACAAGUGGCUACUCUGUCGCUACAAGGGAAUAGGCUCACUGGGAAGAUUCCUGAGGUUAUUGGUUUAAUGCAGGCGCUUGCUGUUUUGGAUUUGAGUGAGAAUGAACUUGUAGGGCCAAUCCCACCUAUACUGGGCAAUCUAUCGUACACUGGGAAACUAUACUUGCAUGGUAACAAUUUGACUGGCACUAUUCCACCUGAACUUGGCAAUAUGUCAAAACUUAGCUACUUGCAAUUAAAUGACAACAAUCUGGUUGGUAGUAUUCCUGCUGAGCUUGGGAAGCUGAACCAGUUGUUUGAGCUGAAUCUUGCCAGCAAUGAUCUGGAAGGUCCCAUUCCACAUGACAUUGGUUCCUGCACAGCCUUGAAUCAAUUUAAUGUUCAUGGAAAUCACUUGACUGGAUCCAUUCCUCUAGCAUUGAGAAAUCUGCAGAGUUUGACCUAUCUGAAUUUGUCAGCAAAUGCCUUUAGCGGAAAAAUUAAUCUCGAGUUGGGGCAUAUCAUCAAUCUCGACACGUUGGAUAUGUCCAGUAAUAAUUUUUCAGGCACUGUUCCUACUUCUGUUGGCAAUCUUGAGCACCUUCUUACUUUGAAUUUGAGUGGGAAUCAUCUUGAUGGUCCUUUGCCUGCAGAAUUUGGGAACCUCAUGAGUGUUCAGAUCAUUGAUAUGUCAUUCAACAAUCUCUCUGGGAACAUCCCUUCAGAAUUGGGUCAGUUGCAGAACGUUGCGGCAUUGUUGCUAAAUAACAACAACUUGCAUGGAAAGAUACCUGAUCAGCUAACCAACUGUCUCAGCCUUGAGACCUUGAACGUUUCAUACAACAAUCUAUCAGGCAUUGUACCUCCCAUGGGGAACUUUUCACGUUUUUCACCAAACAGCUUCAUUGGAAACCCACUGUUGUGCAGUGACUGGCUGGGAUCAAUCUGCAGACCCCCCAAGUCCAGGGCUGUAUUCUCCCGAGCAGCAGUUGUCUGUAUGGCAUUAGGCUUCAUCACAUUAUUAUCCAUGGUAAUAGUUGCAGUUUACAAGUCCAACCAACCAAAGCAGUUAAUGAUGGGAUCUAGCAAGAGUGGACAAGGUCCUGCUAAACUUGUAAUUCUUCACAUGGAUAUGGCAAUACACAGCUUUGAAGAUAUAAUGCGAAUCACAGAAAAUCUAAAUGAGAAGUAUAUCAUAGGGUAUGGUGCUUCUAGCACAGUGUACAAGUGUGUGCUGAAAAAUUCCCGACCAAUGGCAAUCAAGCGCCUCUACAACCGAUAUCCACACAACUGGAGAGAGUUUGAGACAGAACUUGAAACCAUUGGCAGUAUCAAACAUAGAAAUCUAGUCAGUUUGCAUGGAUAUUCUUUGUCUCCCCUUGGAAAUCUCCUCUUCUAUGACUACAUGGAGAACGGGUCUCUGUGGGAUAUGCUUCAUGGACCAUCUAAAAAGGUUAAACUUGAUUGGGAAACACGUUUGAAAAUAGCAGUUGGAGCAGCUCAGGGACUUGCUUAUCUUCACCAUGAUUGCAACCCCCGCAUCAUUCACAGGGAUGUAAAAUCCUCUAAUAUCCUACUGGAUGAGGAUUUUGAGGCUCAUCUCUCUGAUUUUGGAAUUGCAAAGUCCAUCCCUGGUGCGAAUACCCAUGCAUCUACAUAUGUUCUGGGAACAAUUGGUUACAUUGAUCCAGAAUAUGCUAGGACUUCUCGGCUCAAUGAAAAAUCUGAUGUAUAUAGCUUUGGCAUUGUACUUCUUGAGCUACUGACUGGGAAGAAGGCUGUGGACAGGGAGUCUAACUUGCAUCAACUGAUAUUGUCCAAGGCAGAUAACAAUACUGUAAUGGAGACUGUUGACCCUGAAGUUUCGGUCACUUGCAUGGAUACAACUCAUCUCAAGAAAACUUUUCAACUCGCCCUACUGUGCACCAAGCGAAACCCCACUGAGAGGCCAACAAUGCAUGAAGUCGCAAGUGUCUUGGUCUCCCUCCUACCUCUACGUCACUCGAAGAAGCCUCUUUCAAAGGGUAUCGACUAUGCCAAGUUUGCAGUUGACAAAGAACAACAACAACCAAAAGCGCAACCGCAGCAGCCGAAGCCGGUCCAGCAGGAGAAUCAUUCAACUGAUGCUCAAUGGUUUGUUCGUUUUGGUGAGGUUAUAUCCAAGAACACUCUUUAA